GCUGGAGAGUUUUGUUUCUUUGUAAAGAUAUUUGUCAUCAAAUAUGCCGGAGAGGAAGAAAAGAAUUUCAACGAUGAUUAACUAUUAUGGCUAGAGUUGUUUAAAGUUCAGUGUUCGAACAGAGAACACCUCAGAAAUUGGCUUCGAAGUCUUUGGGUUAGCUUAUAGUUAAGUCUGCAAUCAGCUAACCUGUGAUUACUCCAUCUUAUCGACCAAAAAUGGGACUUAUUGAUAUGGAAUUGAUGUUUGAUUUACUGGAUACGGACAUGAGGGGUUAUCUGACCUCAAAUCAGCUCCAAGAUUUUCACGAAUCGCUGUACUUCUCUCCGAUCGAUCCUCGACAAAUCGAAGCUGCCAUAAGAACAGUUUGUGGCAGUUCUUCUCGCGGACUUUGUCCACGAGAAAAAUUUAUGGAUGUGUUAGACGACCUUGACCGGAGGAAAAGUCUCGAAGAAAAAAUUUCUUGGGAUUUUAAAUCACUUGAUGUCGAAGGAAAAGGAAGAAUUUCUCUCAAAACAGCGCUGUUGCUUUUCAAAGCUGUCCACAAUGAAUUGUUUUCAAUGAAGACCUGGCGAUCAUUUGUUUCUCAGCGGGAAUAUCCCGAUGCAGAUGUAUGUUUUGAUGAGAUCAAGAUGUUCCUGUGUAACUUGGUUGAUGGUGGUCCUUGUGAGAAAGAAGAGUUUAACGAAGAGGAGAGAGAUGUUGGUUUGCGGUGUGUUGAAAAUGAGUACAGGAAUCUGAAGGAACUAGAAAAGUUUCAGGAGGAUGAGGCAUCCCUAGCUGCUGAAGAGAGGGAGAGAAUGCACCAGGCCAACAAACUGAAACAAGGAGCUGAACGACGAACCAAGCGACUGGAUCAUGAGGGUGUUGUGGCCCUGCUGCAUGAGGAUGAAGAGUGGGAUGAGAAAGCUGCGAAGAAAGCAAGACAGAAAGUCACAGCUACAGAUUUGAUACAAGCUCUACGAACAAAGUAUGAGAUCUUGCGUGACAAGCUCCUUUUGGAGAUGCUGAGACAUCACAUUGGUGAAGGAAUGUGGACAGUGUUAUCUGAAGAUGAGCAGCACGAACGCCUCAUGCAGUUGAAAAUGCGUGUUCAGCGUCUACGUAAAGACAGCAAAUUAGACGGCGCCAAUUCCCUGCCUGGUGCUGGUCUCACAUUCUUCUUCAAUUUGUCGGCAUUGAUGGGUUUCAGUAGAAUAGGAGAUGAAAUUCAGCAGCAAAAAGAAGCUGAGAAAAUCAAAGAACUGGAGAAGGAAGGGAAAAGCAACAAGGAGAUAGAGGAAGAAAUGCUCAGGUCUCGUGAAAAAGCUCUACAAGGACACGCCAAGAGUGAGCAACUUCUGAUAGAUCUGGAGAAGCGUUAUCGCCAGGAUAAAGACGCCAUAACUGCCAAAUUGAAAGGCGCUGGUACAAAUACCAUGACAGCGGAGCAGAAGCUGACUGAGUAUGGACUCAUUCUAAGAGAGCAGUUACGUGCCCGAGAAGAAGGGAAGUUUGAGAGUGCUGGUUUAGCUGUGGGAAUUGCUGAACGCGUGAAAGAGCAGGUGCAAAGACCAAAAGAUGACCGCAAACGACAGGAACAGCUUGGCAAAGAGCGCCUUAUACAGCGGAAGGGCAGGAAGCUGCCAAGAAACUGGAAGGGAGGGGAACUGGACUUCAGUACACCAGGAGAGGCGGGUCUGGUUGAUGUGUUGGAGGACACUGUCAAAGCAUUGGAGAAGAAACACGCCAUGGAAAGAGAGCUGCUUAUUUACUUGUUACAAGGCCGGGAAAGUGUACAGGCUCGCAGUGCAGCUAAGAAACUAUCUCCAGACGAGCGAUCCAACCAGCUGCUGGUUUUGAAAACUCAACAACAAGGCUGGCGGAAGCAAAGCUCCACAGAACGCUUGGUUAGCAAAGAACGCCAUUAUGCGAUCCUGCAAGAAGCUGCAGGGCUGGUGAUAGAAGACAGACGAACUGACCUCAGGGUAUGUCGCGGUACCUCCCCUGACGAUCAGGAGGUAGCGGCAGACAUCAUGGCUGAUCUUCAGCAUUACCAGGAAGUGGAGAGUCAGAUGUUGUUGACACUGCAUAGCAAGGACAUGCAAGAAUUGUUUCGUCUUCGACAACUGGAGCACCAAUCAUGGCAAGAGGAGUUGCUCGACGGGAUAUCAUCUGUUCUUCUUGGCACAGAAGAAAAUGUCUCUCAAGAGGAUGAACUUCUCCAGGCUUUGGAAGAAAAAUACGACACGCUUAGAGACAAGCUGCUUCUUGAAGCCUUAGAGAAACAAAUGGGCGCAGCAGAAUGGGCGCAUCUCUCUGAACAAGAAAGACAGGCUCGGCUUGCUAAGCUAAAGCUACAGGAGAGACGUCUGAGACAACAAGGGAGGUUUGAUGAUGCAGCGGCUCUGUUAGGUGAAGGACUUAAGAAUGCUGAGACUCUACAGGCUCUUCUGGGAGAAAACCGACAGCGUUAUUUAGAGCGACUUAAGGAACGCCUAGAGAGGCGCCAGAAACGACUUGAAGAAGGGUUGGAUCCUGACGAAGAAGAUGAGGAAACCAUGCGUCUUUUAAAUGAAGAAGAAGCCGUCAGUACUGGCAACAUCUUAAAAGACCUGCAAAACCGUUUUGACGAGGAGAAGGAUGCACUAUUGCGAGGACUACAGGAGGAACAAGACCGGAAAGCUGCAGAAAAACGUCGUCAGGCUGAACUUGUGAGGCUCAAACGCGAGAAAAGACAAGCUGAACAAGAAUCACGGUUUGAUGAAGCUGCGCUGGUACUGGGGCUGGCGGAAAGAAACAGACAGAACCUUGAAGAAAAGUUACGCCGUGAUCGGGAGCGCCAAGAACAGCUAGCAAGGGAACGAUUGGCGAGAAGAAAGAGACGAGGAAAACCUGAGGAGCAGGAAGAUGACGAUGAACCAGAUCCCGAUAAAGAUGAUUUACAAGGCUGGCAGGACGCUGUGUUGAAGUCACUGGAGAGAAAACACCGCGCAGAACAGGAAUUCUUGAUGGGAUUGCUUCAAGAUGAGAGCAGCGAGAGCAUACGAGAAGAAGCCAGAACUGUUAGUGAAGACGACAGACUUAAAAGACUCAGUGAGCUCAAAGGGAAGAGAGAGGAACUUGACUUGGGUGUUAAAGCUGACCAACUUCUCCAUGUCGACAUCCUGGACAUGGCCGCUGCUUACAAAUUUGAAGUUCAGCGAUACAGACUGAGUAGUGAAAAGGAAGGUGAAGUGAACGAUGAAGAAGUUACAGUCGCUAUGAUGGCUGACUUACAAGAAGAACAAGACAAGGAAAGUGCAGGAGUCCUAGGAAAUCUUCAGGAAAAGACUCAAGAAGAGCUAUCCGCCAUGAAGGAAAAAUAUGAACAAGAGCGGAAAGAUGAGGUUGUGGAGAAUGUGGCCACAGUCUUGUUAGAGUAUGAUGGGACUGGAUCAGACAAGGAUUUGAUCUCAGCUCUGGAUCAGAAAUAUGACGCGCUUAAAGACAAACUCUUACUGGAAGCUAUCAAGAAGCAGUUAGGAGACGCCGAAUGGGCGCAGCUGUCAGAGCAGGAACGGCAGAAGAGACUUGUGAAGCUCAAAUUAGAGGAACGACGACUGCGAAAGGAAGGACAAUUGGAUGAACUGCACCGUCUGCUGGGAGAAGGAUUUGAAAUGGACGCCAAUCUAAGAAAAUUGAUGGGUGAAAACAAAGCAAGGUACGAGGAAAAACUGAAGGAGCGACUAGCAAAACGGAGGGAGCGAUUAGCUCAGGGAUUGACGCCUGAUGACGAUGAUGAGGCAGAGUUGGAGGAUGGUGAGGCGGAAGGAGAAGGAGUAACAGAUUUGAAAGCUAUCUUGGAAGAUAUGGACAAAAGAUACGAGGAGGAGAAGGAAGCGCUGAUGCGUAGUUUACAAGGAAAAGACGAACACUUCAUGAGCGAAAGACAGAGACAGGCUGAACUGGCUCGUCUGAAACGAGAGAAACUGAAAGCGAAACAAGAAGACAAGUUUAUCACGGCCGCGUUGGUACUGGGACUGGCUGAGAAACAGAAAGCUGCAGUGGAAGAAAGGCUUCGUCAAGACCGUUUGCGACAGGAACAAUUGGCACGAGAACGACUGGAACAAUUGCGUAACCGCAAAAGAGCCAAAGAACAAGAGGCCGAGGAGAAACUGGUGACUGACGGGGAAGUCAGCGUCUUACAAGAAGCUGUAAUGAAGGCACUGGAACGGAAACAUCAGGAUGAACGGCAGGCUUUACUUGACGUGUUGCAACAAGAAAUGCCGGAAUUAGCUGAGGCCGCCGCGACGAUGACUCAACAACAGCGAGAGAAUUGGCUCCAGCAGAUCAGCAUGAAAAUGAAAGGUCUUGAUCCAGCCGACAAAGAGGCCCGUCAUAAUUUACUCGUGGAAGCUGCUGUUUUUAAAGUUGUAAACCGACAGAAGUAUCUGGAACUGUCGCAAGAGGAAACUGUGAAGAAAGAUGAUGUUAUUGUGUCGCUGUUGGCAGACUUGCAGCAGGAACAGGACCAAGAAAGCGAAAAACUUGUGAAUGAAAUGCAGGACAAGGAUAAAACAGAGUUAGUGCAACUUCAAGAAAACCUCUUCCAAGCGCGAAAAGACGCCUCCCAACCGAACGUCGUUGCAGUUGUCACGCAAGCUGAAAUCUGGGGCACGGCUAACGAGCGUGACCUGUCACAAGCCCUGAAUUACAAGUAUGACGUGUUGAAAGACAGGCUACUGCGUGACGCUCUUAUGCAACAAGUUGGCUUGACUGAGUGGGAGGCACUUUCUGAGAAUGAUCGUUUAUCCAGACUGGCGCAGAUGAAACUGAAAGUACAGGCUUUACAAAGUGAAGGAAAACAACACGAACUGAAACAGCUUUUAGGUGAAGCAGCAGCCAUUAAUCUCAUGUCACUGAUGGGUGCGAAUGGCACGCAGCAGAAGCAACGGCAGAAUGAACGACAACAAAAGAGGGAGGAAAGAAAAUCUCAAGGAAUGUCAGACGAGGAAAUUCUCAAACUCGAGGCUGAAGAAGAUGUCCAAGCUGAGGAAGAGGCGCUUAAAAAAUCCACCGGGAGUACAGUUCAGGAUCUUGAGAAUCGUCUCAGUAUUGAAACAGACAGCCUGUUAGCUGACGUUCGCGGGGCCGACGCUAAAUUUGAAAGCGAGCAACACCGACAUGCGCAGUUGGCGCGAAUCCGUCAUGAGGAGAGGCAGGCCUUGCAGGAGAGCUCGUUCCAACCUUCCGCUCUGGUGCUUGGACUUGCGCAAGCUCGUCAGGUUAACAUGGAUAGCAGCUCCAAACAGGAUCAGGACCGUCAAAAGCAAUUGGCCCAAAAGAGAUUAAUCGCGUGGCAACAGAAAGACCAAUCAGAGAUGAAUAAAGUUAAGGAACAGCUGAAGGCAUUGGAGACUGGAAGCGAACCCGAACCAGUCUCCAGUACGAGCAUUGGAGCUCUGCAGGAGGCGGUGUUGAAAGAAAUGGAACGCAAACAUCUGUGUGAGCUCCUAGUUCUAGAACGUUUGAUCAGCGAAGAAAAAGAAAGUGACCUCAGGAAAACAACUCAACAACUUAAUAAAGAACAACAGCAAGAGAGGUUAUUCGAACUGAAGGAACUACGAAAACAGUGGCGGGAGUCUGGACCCGAAGAAAUGACAGAGACCGCUGACGAGCAAGAAGCGAUACUGCGAGAAGGUGUAGGCUUGAAGCUUGAACUGAGCCGUGAGGAACUGAGGCAGAAGGCUGCAGGGGAAGGAAAGGAACUGGGGCCGGAUGACCAUUCUGUGUCUCUACUCGCCGCCCUUCAGCAACAUCAGGAACAAGAAGCUGAAUAUUUGCUGCGAGAUCUUGCUGUGAAGAAUCCCAUGGUGCUUAAGCAGCUUCAAAGCGUGCACUCGAUGGCUUGCAAAGAACGUUGGUACGACAAUCUGGCUGCCUGUGUGUUGGGUCUGAAGAGAAAACAAGCUCGCCUCACAACGGAGGAAUCUGCAGAAGAGGAACUGGUAGAGGCACUGGAGCAGAAGUAUGACGCCUUGAAGGACAAACUGCUGACAGAAGUCCUCAUGAAACAGAUGGGAGACGCGGAAUGGGCGGCUCUGUCCGAGAGGGAGAGGCAGGCCAAGCUGCUGAAGCUGAAGCUGCAGGAGAGGAGGCUAAGGCAGGAGGGAAAGUUAGACGAGGCCUCUAGGUUACUUGGCGAAGGAAUGAAACACGACGCAGCUUUGCGCGCCCUGAUGGGCGAAUCAAGGUCGCAACAAAAACAACGUCUGCAGGAAAGACUUGAAAAGCUACGUAAGAUGAGACAACAGGGAGAAGAAGUAAAUCAAGAAGAAAUGGCUGCACUUGAACAAGUAGAAGCAGAAGGAGUUGAUGCAGUGGAUGCUGACGUAUUGAAUCACCUGAUCGAGGAAACAGUAACAGAUGCUGAACAAGUCACAACGAAUACCCUGCUGAAUGAUCUAACGUCUCAAUUUGAGGAAGAAAAAGAAGCCCUGCUGCGAGGUCUCCGCGAGAAAGACGCGAGAUUUGGUAGCGAGAGGAAGCGACAACUAGAACUGGCAAAACUGAAGCGAGAACAGCGAAGACUCAAACAGGAAGACAACUUCGAUACAGCUGCUGUUCUAUUUGGGUUAGCCAAACAGGAACAGGCCGCCAGAGAGGCAAACUUUGAGAAGGAUCGCGCAAGACAGGAGCAACUUGCUCGUGAGCGCAUCGCAGCCAUCAAGGCUCGCCGGGCGGCAAAUAGGGAAAAAUCUGAGGAAGAGGCACAAAAGGAACUGGAGGAGAAACUUCUGAAGGAGCAGGCAGAGGACAGUGAGAUUGACAAGAGGAACGCACUGGAUGUGGAGCAAGGAGGACUGGCACAACUACAGGAGGCCAUUUUGAGUGAGGUGGAGAGAAAACACUCUUCAGAACAAGAGGCACUCACAGACCUCUUGGCCAAAGCUGAUGCAGAUCAAGAUGGUUUAGCCGCAGCCAGGUAUUUAACUGAGACAGAACGACAACAACGAGUGGAUGAACUAGGCAAUCAGAGGAGAGCUUGGAGAUUGGAUGCAGUUCGGGAUGCAAUGCAGGCUGUUCCUGAUGAAUUACAAACAGAGGAAGAGAAGAAGGCUAAUGCAACUCGUAUUGCUGAAAGCCGAGCUAAGCACAUGAACUUCUUAAAAGAGGCAUUGGUUCUCCAUAUAGAGACCAAACGAGCACAGCUCUUAACACAAGGAGUUGACGAAGAGAAACUUCAAGAAGAAAUAUCUGUUCUUAUCAUGGCUGAUUUACAAGAAAAGCAAAUGACCGAGAACAAUGCUGUUGCCAACAUUUUGGGCGCCGACAAGGACGAGUCCGUCUUGGCGCGAAUCAGAACUGAUCAGCGCAUGGCACGCCGAGAAGGAUGGAUGGACAACUUGGCUGCAACUUUAAUGGGUUCCCGUCCAGUGAGAAAAAGAAGCACAACUCUGGCGCCGUCAACUAUGAUGGCGAAUCUGGCCGAAGCAGACGAGGAAGAAGUUCGUUUGGAGGAAGAACAGGAAGCGAAGCUGGCAGAGUUGGAAGCUGAGAUGGAGAACGAAAAAGAAGCUCGAAAGUUGGCUGGAGCCACAGAAGAGGAGAUACAGAGAGCAAUGGAGUUAUUACAGAAACAGCAUGACGCCAAGAGAAAGGCUAUGGCGGCUGAUGUAGAGAGACAGCGUAAUAUGGUGCGGCAAAGGCUGGAGGCCAAACGGAGGAAACGAGAAGAACAACAGUACGAAGAAGACAUGGCGGCUUCUAUUGUGACAAUGGCCGAGAAACAGUUCGCUCUUAUCCGAGAGAAGACAAUGUUGAGAAGAGAAGGACAGAAAGACACGCUAAAUGAACGCUUGGCGCGUAGAAGAGCAGAGCGUGAAAAGAAAAAAGCCGAGGAGGAAGAGGCCAGAAGAAAAGAGGAAGAAGAAGCGACCAGAAAGAAGGCUGAGGAAGAAGCAAAGAAGGCGGAAGAACCGAAACAGGCUCCAGCGGACUAUCCAUUACCGGGCGGCUUUGCUAUGAAGCGAGAAAAGACAGUGAUAGACGUAGAAGUCUCCAAAGAGAAGCAACAAGAAAUCCUGUCAUCUCUGUUACGUGAGCACACCAAUGUUGGAAUGAAGUUUGAACGAGAGAGAACUCGUCAAGAGGAAAUGCUGAAAGCCCGGAAAGAAAGGAAAAAGUCUCGAAUUGAACGAAAACAGGAAGAGGUGGCGACCAUUAUGGGUCUGGGAGAGAGACAGAAGACAUUUGUGGAGCAACGGAAGAAAGAAGAACGCGAACGUCAAAUUACCAUGGUUCGCGAGCGAAUCGCGCGUGUUCGCUAUGAGCGCACGAUGACAAUGCGCGAACCCAAAGAUGAGAAAGCACAAGGUUUUGAGAGUCUGUUAACAGAAGAAGAGAAAGAAGGACUGUCUGAGGAGGAGAAAAUGAAACGGAUCGCCGCAAAAAUGGAGGAGAAAUUCAAGAGUGAACAACGCCGUGUGUCAACCGUUUCAGCGCUGGCUCCUCCCAGCCAAUCAUUCAGCGCCAGCGCCAGCUCAGCCGAGACUUCGGAGGAGGAGGGUCCUCAUACGGAACGUGCACCACAGCUCCUAGACGAAAAGAGCCGAAAUAAAAAACUGAAGGAGCGUAUGGCCUCACGCAAAAGAGAGCGACGCAGAUCUGUCGCGCCACCCUCCGGAGAAGACGGUGGUGCUACGGGUGGGGCUGACGAAUGAUGGAGCAUGAUGUUAAGCCACAGAUCAGCUCCUGAGCUGGCAGGAUUAGUGAAAACUUCCUAUUUAUUUCUGGUGUUAUUUAUUGAGUUGGUCUAGUUUUUUUAGUCGCAGUAGACAGGCUUUGGUCAGUCUUCUAGUUUUUAUGUAAAUAGGAUUAAUGUAGCAAACAAAAAAGUAGGAAAAUUGUUUCGCUCAGUUUACAUGCUUAUUAUCGUAACUUCCACGGUUAGGUAACGAAGGAAAAAAAAAACAAUCAUGUAUUUUCCAGUACUUAUUUUUCACAUUUAGAAAGACUGCCACUUGAAUAAGACUUUGCGCUGCGCGUAGUAGUAUUAUUGGUAGGCCGGUAGUCACAGUAGUUGUGAUUUUCGCUUUAAAAAACAGUAAUUAAAACGAACUAUUUUUGAUGUUAUGUUUUUGUGGAACUUCAAAGCGCGGGUAGCUUGUAUCCAGUAGUUAACGCGCUUCCAGUGUCAAGGGCGAGAAAUCAUGCAACCACGAACACGUUCAUGAGUACAUGAAGUCAGUGACAAGCGUGGGAAAAUGAAAUCAUAGAUUAAAUUAUUCAAUCGAGCACAGGAGGAAAUGUCAGCUGAGACAAGUGCGGUUGAUAGUCGAAACAUUUCUAUAUUUCAGGGGAAAAGC